AUGCUACACCACUAUGUCCCUCACAUCGUCGAGAACUUCAAAUUUACCACGGCCAUCAGAGACGUCAUACUUCUCCCUGACUCCAUAAAGCUCGUCACCAACCAUAGCAUCAACCCCAUCAUGGUCGGCCUCAAGCGCCGGGCGAUGGAGUGGACCGGAGGCCUGGGCGGUCUCGAGCGGUUCAUUAACACCAUGGACCAGGAGCUCCUGCAGGGUCAUGACCGGGAACUGCUCUCUGGGGCCUGGGCUGUCUACGAAGGUCGGAUACAAGCCAAGCGAUCUGGCAAUGCUUCUAGCCGCAAGGCCUAA